GAAAUUGUCAAUAGCCAUUGGUUUAGAAAUACAGCUUUUAUUAUAUUUUUCAAUAAAGUAGAUCUUUUCCGUGAAAAGAUUGCAAAAAUAGACCUAUCAGAAUGGUUCAGCGAUUAUAAUGGUGGUUUAUCUUUUGACAACAGUACUCAAUAUAUCAAGAAAAUGUUUUUAGACAAAUCAAGUGGUAACCAAAGAAUUUUCUCUCAUUUUACUUGUGCCAUUGAUACCGCAAAUAUUCAAUUUGUUUUCCACGCCGUCAGAGAAACUUUAUUAAAAAAUAUAUUUAACACCAUUAUUAAUUAUUAA